AUGGCCCCUAUCUUCAGCCCCAGAGAUCGUCACUCCAACGAAGACAAAGGUCCGAAAUCGCCGCGUUUGCGCCUUACUGCGGUCGAAAUUGCUAAGCUGAACACUCAACUCGCAAGCAUCGAACACUACAGAUCGCUGCACGACGAACACAUGACAAGCAUUGAGCGCAACAUUACUCCUUACAUUCGCCGCCAGCUUGAGCUCAAUGCAGCUGGUAGAGGCAUUCAGAAGGGCAGUCUGUACCAGAUGCACCUGAUGAUGAACCUGAGAAUCAGGGUGCAGUUUCUCAGAGACCACGUCGACCAGUGGAUGGCUGAGAAUGCAAGCGACGAGGAGAAGAUCGGACAGCUGGAGAAGACAUUGGGCAUCGAGAAGGAUGACUCGCAGAACGGCGAGGAUAACAAGUGA